AUGACAGGAAAAGAAUCACAGAUUCACAGGAUAGCAGAAUUCUCUGACAUGUUGAAGACUUUAAAUAGAAUGAACAUUGUAAUUUAUGUAAGUCCUCAGCAAAGUUACAAGAGCUGUCAGAUAUCCCCAUUUAACAGUCCUUUUUGUUUUCUUUUAGGGACCCUCUUAUGCACUGGAUCUAUAGCACUUUGUUUUUUUGGUUGUUUCUGGGUUCAAAGGAAGAAAAAUCUGGCAAAUGUUCGAGCAAAAUACUUCAGAAAGAAUGGAGGCAUCUUGUUACAACAACAAUUCUUUUUUCUCCAUGGAUCAACCAGAUCCCCAAAAAUAUAUUCGGCUCAAGAGCUCAAAAAGGCCACAAACAACUACCAAAUCAGCAAUAUAUUAGGUAGUGGUGGGAAUGGCUCUGUCUACAAAGGAAUCCUCAACGAUGGCUCAAUAGUAGCCAUUAAGAAGUCUCUAGUUGUAGAUAAAAGCCACAUCGAUCAGUUUAUUAAUGAGGUUGUCAUUCUAACUGAAAUCAAUCAUAGGAAUGUAGUGAAGCUCUUGGGCUGUUGUUUGGAGACACAAGUUCCCAUGUUGGUUUACGAGUUCAUCUCAAACGGAACUCUAUACCAGAAAAUCCACGAAAAUGACGAUCCUUCCGAGUGUGUUUCUUGGCAAUCACGCUUUCGAAUCGCAGUCGAAACUGCAUGUGCUCUGUCUUACCUUCAUUCUUCUACUUCCACACCCAUAUUCCAUAGAGACAUUAAGUCCUCCAACAUACUUUUGGACAAGAACUAUACUCCAAAGGUAGCCGAUUUUGGAAUUUCAAGAUUAGUUCCACUUGACAAGACAAAGGUCUCAACUAUGGUGAUUGGAACGUUCGGAUAUUUGGACCCUGAAUACUUCAAUACAGGAAAAUUAACAGAAAAAAGCGACGUUUACAGCUUUGGGGUGGUUUUACUUGAGCUUUUAACCGGGCGGAAGCCUAUUUGCUCUGAUUCGUCAAUGGAGUAUAAUAAUUUGCCAAUGGUCUUUUUAUCUUAUAUUAGGAAUGACAACUUCAUAGAGAUUUUGGAUGACAAAGUAGUAAGAGAGGGGAAAAUGGAGGAAUUACAAGCUGUAGCGGACAUCGCAAGACGAUGUGUAAGAGUGAAAGGUGAAGAGAGGCCCAUGAUGAAGGAGGUGGUGCAAGAGCUUAUUGCUUUGUCUAGUGAGCAUAUGCAAACAGGACAUGAGUGUGAGGUGCAAGAAUGGUGAAGAGCA